AUGGGUUUGGAAUAUCAAAAGAUACAUGCAUGCCCAAAUGAUUGUGUUUUAUAUAGAGACGAGUUUACUUCACUGAAGGCGUGCCCAACAUGUGGUUUAUCACGGUUUAAAAAGAAAAUUGAUGGAAAUAGUGGCGAUGAAGACAAAGAUGGUGCACCUGCUAAGAUUGAUGAAACAUUUCCAGAAUUUGGUGCUGAGCCAAGAAACUUAAGACUUGGACUUGCUACAGAUGGUAUGAAUCCUUAUGGGAACUUAAGUAGCAAACAUAGUUCAUGGCCAGUUUUGUUGAUGAUUUACAAUUUAUCUCCUUUGUUGUGCAUGAAGAGGAAAUAUAUGAUGUUGUCUAUGAUGAUAUCGGGUCCUAGACAACCUGGAAAUGACAUUGAUGUGUACCUAAAGUCGUUGAUCGAUGAUUUGAAACUGUUAUGGGAAGAAGGUGUCGAUGUGUAUGAUUCUUAUUCUCAAGAAUUGUUUUGUUUGUGUGCAAUGUUGUUUUGCACCAUAAAUGAUUUUCCAGCAUAUGGAAACUUGAGCGGUUACAAUGUUAAAGGUCAUUUUGCAUGUCCCAUUUGUGAAAAAAACACGAGUUAUAUUCAAUUGAAGCACGAUCAGAAAAAUGUGUAUACAAGACAUCGAAAGUUCCUUCCUCGAAAUCAUCCUUAUCGUAGAAUGAAAAAAGCAUUUAAUGGAAGUCCUGAGGAUGAAAUUGUAGCGAGACCCCGCAAUGGUGAAGAAAUAUACAACCAAGUGGAAAACAUUGACAUUGUGUUUGGGAAACAUCCAAAGAAAAAGACCACGAAGAAAAGCAUUUGGAAGAAACAAUCAAUCUUCUUUAAUCUUCCAUAUUUGUGUAAACUUGAUGUACGGCAUUGUAUAGACGUGAUGCACAUUGAAAAAAAUGUAUGUGAUAGCGUCAUCGGGACUUUACUAAAUGUAAAAGGAAAGACUAAAGAUGGAGUUAAAGCACGACAAGAUUUGGCUGAAAUGGGCAUCCGUUCUGAGUUACAUGCACAAUCAAUUGGAAGACGAACCUACCUGCCUCCAGCUUGUCACACUCUUUCUAGAAAAGAGAAGCAAAUUUUUUGUGAGUGUUUAAGAAGUGUGAAGGUUUCCCAAGGUUACUCUUCAAAUAUUAGUAGCCUUGUUUCUAUGCAAGAUUUAAAGUUAGUCGGUUUAAAGUCUCACGAUUGUCAUGUGUUGAUGCAACAACUUUUACCAGUAGCUUUUCGAGCCAUCUUACCUACUUCUGUCAGAGGUAUUCUAACACGUUUGUGUAUGUUCUUCAAUGUCAUAUGCAAGAAAGUUAUUGACCCUCGAGUGUUAGACGAUUUGGAAAAUGAGGCCAUUAGACUAUUGUGUCAAUUGGAAAUGUAUUUUCCACCUUCAUUUUUCGAUAUCAUGGUUCAUUUGAUAGUUCAUCUUAAGAAGCCAUUGAAUUCUGCUCAAGUUAUAUGCCAAGUUGUGAACCAAUUGGAGUUCCUAAGACUAGACAUGAAGGUGAAUGUGAAGAAAAAGGUUUACGCGACUCCAAAUGUUUCUGAAACUCUAUUGAGGCUAGCUCGUGGACCGAACAAUGAUGUCAUUACAUAUGGCGGGUACUACAUAAACAAUCAUUGUUUCUAUUCAAAGAUGGAAGAUGACAAAAGUAGAGUUCAAAAUAGUGGGGUUACACUUCAAGCUGAAUCUGUACAUUUUGCCAAUUCUAAGGACAAGAAUCCAAUUACAGCAUCCAUGAGUUACUUUGGAAUAAUACACGAAAUAUGGGAAGUUGAUUAUGUGACUUUUAGAGUGUCAGUUUUCAACUGUAAAUGGGUUGAUAGUAAUUCGGGUGUUGGCACAGAUGACUUUGGCUUUACUUUGGUGGAUCUUAACAAGAUGAGUGAUACAAAUGAACCAUUUAUUAUGGCUAGUCAAGCAUGA